AUGUCGCAAGCACGUCUCCCUCCACCACCUCCUCCACAAUGGGUUGUUUCAUUGAAUUCUCCGAUGCCCCGCCCCUCUAAGGGUGCCUCGAGCAUCCCGGACCCGCCAGGCUUCUCAAGCAAUCGGGGCAAGCAGCGUCAGCAGCAGCAAUCCAGCACCAAGAAGCCCGAAGAGACCGACACACUGAAGAUGAAGAAAGCGUGGGAAGUCGCCAUGGCCCCGUCGAAACAGAUCCCCAUGAACGCGAUUAUGAUGUACAUGUCCGGAAACAGUCUGCAAAUAUUCAGCAUUAUGAUGGUCCUCAUGCUGUUCAAGGGUCCUAUCCAAGGCAUCAUCAACACAAACGCGGCUUUUGCCAAAUACGAAUCCCCCUCGACCCAUUCGCGUCUGCUCGGUGUGAAAAUAGUAUACAUGUUGAUGCAGCUUCUGUUAUUGGGACUGGGUAUCUGGAAGGUUAAUGCGAUGGGUCUAUUGCCAACUACAAGAUCGGAUUGGCUAGCGUGGGAGUCAGAACGUACGCCUUUGGAGCGCGCCCAGUUUGCUUUCAGAUGA